GCUUCAUUUUCAGUGUAGUUUAACAAAACUCAUAAUGGAGACUUCCACAGAGCACAGGGCACCAUCAACAGGCCCUGGAACUUCAUUUUUUCCAAGGAAACUUCUGAGAUUUCAUCUCAUUUGAAACCUCCCAGAACAAAAUCUCACUCUAAGUGAGUUACAGCUAAAGAAAGGGAUGGGAGCUGCAUAUUUCAACAGAGUCCCUUUGGGAACAAAAGCAACAAACACAAAAAUUGCCUAAGAGCCCCUCAUGCAGGUGGCGGCGGCCAGUGUUGUCCACGGAGAGAACAUGGCCUUUGAGGAGCGGAGGUAGAGGAGGACUACAGCAGCAACCAUCCACUACAUCGUGGUCCCUUUAAAUCUUCUUCUCCACUUGGCAGCUCCAAUUUUUCAGUGUUGCUAUAGCAAAUCUCCAUGGCAAUGACCCUGAUGAGGGAAGGGGGGAUGCAGGGGGGGACACGCAUGCUCAGAGUGGCUGCUGGAGCCUCGCCUGCUCGCUACAGCUGCUCCAAGGCUCUGGCACCCAGGCGAAGAGAAAGAUCAGGCAAGGGGAGAAAGCUUUAAUUAUUGACGAGAGUGAUGGCGUUGCCGUCUGUCUGGAGCACGAUGCAUGUGGCGGUUCUGGUCUUCUCGGUGGCUGGCCUGCUGAGUGUGAGGCUUGUGGUGGCCAGCCAGGACUCUGGGAGUGCCAUCCCUGCAGAAAGUCGUCCCUGUGUUGACUGUCAUGCAUUUGAGUUCAUGCAGAGGGCGUUGCAGGAUUUAAAGAAGACGGCGUAUAAUCUAGACACACGGAAACCCUCCUCCUGAGAGCGGAAAAGAGAGGCCUGUGUGAUUGCUUUCGCGCAAUACACUGAAAUGAGCACUGGGAUUUGGCCAAUGGACAUUUAUUAAUUUUUAAAAUGCUGUUCAUUAAAUUGCAGGAAGAUACAGAGUGCAAGUUGUGCCACAUUGCAAGGAGAACGAUUUUUAUCCAAACAGGUACAGCUCAGUUAGAUCAUUUAUGCUUUGAUCUGUUUUAUCCUUACUCUACGUGAUAUUGCAUCUGCUGAAAUGUCAACAGAAGAAACAGUGCCAAAGUCUCGCUCGUGGUUUUUAUGCAAGGAUAGCAUCUCGCUUUUCGGGUAUUUCAAGCCAAAAAUUGUCCUUGGACUCUCAGGUCAACACCUCAGCACAUGGGAAUUGCCAUAGAUCUGUAAAAGUCAGUAGAGUCAAAUUCUCUAAUGUAUUUAUGGUAGAAUGUAUCCCCAACAUGAAAAGGAAGCUACUUUGCAAUGAUGCAUAGCUAAACAUUUACAAACACGCGGUCAUGGCUUUAUAGAGAAAUUAAUAGUUGUCACUGGCUGCUUGGCAGUCCAAGGAAGGUAUUUGUUCCCGAUUGUAUCAAUAGUUCAGUGCAUAGCAAACACAGCAAUCUGUAUUAUAAUUUUAAUUUCUUCAGAGCCACACAGUAGCUGUGAUCUUUUUGGAGAGAUUUAUUAAGUAUCUAAUGUGAUCAGUAACAUUUGUAAUCACAUGAAUACUGCCUGGCAAUCGAAGUGAUUGCCUCUGCCAAAAUCUUCCGGAGAAGUGUCUUUCAUUAAGCAAAUCACAUACUGGAUUGAGCCACUCAAAGUGGCCCCUACAGAGAGUUUGGCAGAGCGCCUAUGGAAUGCCUGCGUGCCCAGGAGUCUCCUGCAAACUGAAUUUUGAGAAAUAAUUAAAUUCUCCCAAAACGGGCCAUAGCUCUUGCAUGGACUUUACACUCCGUAGCGGUGGGUUAUAGUGCUGCUAUUAAUAUUCCUGCUGCAGUCAGUGUGAGACAGGAGAGAGCAAAACAAUUUAAGCAGUGUUAGUAGUAGUAGUAGUAGACAAGGUUGUGCCUUGUUACUCCUUGAAAAAGAACAGCAGAUCCUUUCUCACUGUCUUCCUUUUUUCCUUUGUUUUGGGGAGGAGAGCAGAAAGUGACCCCAGUGGAAUGUUCUUGUUGAUAAUAACAGAUUUUUCACAGGGCUUAAAAUAUCAUCCACAAAGUCUAAUAAACAGAGAUUUGUAAAUCAACUAGAGCAUCUAGCUCUGUACAGGCUAGAAACUUUUAUACAAAUAAGAGCAAGGGAGCAGUAUCAACAGCAGUGGUUUACAAAUUUUACCAAUUCUUAUUAAUAUUUCUGUCUGCCCAUAAGUGGCUGAUAUUUUGCUGUCAGGCUGCUCAGUAAGUGAUGACGGUAGUGAUCUGUGUGUUUCCAAACUGCUUCUGUCCCACUUUAUCUACCACUUUGGGCACAGGGAAACAGGGAACUGUGACCCACUGCCAAGUGACUAUUUUGUGUGCAGUCACACUUGGUAACAGAAAGGAGCAUAUUACCAUAUACUCUGCCAAAGUUUUCUGAAAGGUAUGUGGUUCUCAGCAACGAGAACCUUCCUUGCACCUGCAUUUCAAGUAGGAAAUUCAAUUUGUCCUUUGUAGUAUUCUAGAAAAACCCUUUACAGGUCACAAGGAUCUCGUUUGUAUAAAAGAGAAGCAGCAUGACGCAGCAACACUUUGCUCCCAGUAACAUUUCACUCCACUGUAGCACUGGUUACUGACCCAUGGGAAGCAACGGAGCUUCUUAUCAUAGACAGCAUUUUAUUGGACAGAUAAAACAAUAGUUUUAAUACAACUCCUUUGCAAAAUACCAAGCUUAGGUUACUUUACUUCCACUUAGAUUUCAACCAAAGUAAUACACGGAUUUUGAGUUGGCUUUUUGCAGGAGGUGGAGCUCCAGCACUGAGCAGGUGAAUUUUCCAGCACAGCUCAGUUUUCCGGGGGCAGCGUGUAUAUAGUUUUCUCUUGCUAUUAUGCAUGAUUAUUCUGCUGGUACCUUAAAGAAUCUUGCGAAGUCCUGUUAGCAAGCACUGGGGUUUUUUUUGGCUGUGUUUCUAUUUAGAAAAAGGUUUGCUCACAGAUGAAUUUUGAUAUAUGCAGCUUGUUACAAUAAAAAGGUGGAAUGAAUGACAAGUGGAUGUUCUCUGACUCCCAAAGAGAUCAGAGUGACACUGCAACUUUACAGUUGUAAUGGCAGUGAUUAUUCUGUAUGUAUUCUUCUUUGUCUAUAGUACAAUACAAUAAAAAGGCAAGAUGCAUUACAGUA